GCUGAGCCGCGCUCUCAUCAGCUGAGACUAUGACAAAUAACUCCUCCAUGCCCGUUCACUCCCGGAUAUUCCCAUUUUUAUAUUCAGUUUAGUAUUUUUUUCCCCUGUUUGUUUGGUUUUUUAUUUUUCAAAUUUGUUUUGGUUGCCAUGAGUUUAAUUCCGCGUGGAUUGCUGCGGUGGCACCGGGACUGAGUCUGGCAAAUAUGCGCCGCUGCUGGGAUUUGAGUUCCCCCCGAAAGGCUUAUGGAAUAUAGCCUGCUUUAUUUCCACAGCGUGCACGCCGUCUGGUCCAGCAGCCCGGUGAAGAAGAAGCUGGUCCUGCUCAGCAUCAUGUUCCUGCUCUGGCUCUACCUGCUCUACUCCUGCGUGGGCUCCUGCGCCACGGUGCCCAGCAGCCUGCUGCUGGAGCCGGGCUCCAGCUCCGCCUUGGGCCGCAGGGCGGAGGGCAGCACCGGCACCGGUACCGGGGGCCCCGGGGCCCUGGGGGCCAAGCCGGACCUGGUGUCCAGGCUGCUGGCCAAGCCGCAGCCCUGGGAGGACGUGGAGAGCGACUACGAGGAGCCGCCGGUGCCGGUGCGCCCCGCCGCCUCCAGGAGAGACCUGCUGGACGACUCGGACCCGGAGCCGGACCGGGACCCGGACCGGGAGUCCCGGGCCCCCGAGCCCAGCGCCAUGUCCAGCUUCUCCAACGGCUCCGGCUCCAAGAAGCUGCCCCGGGCUCUGAUCGUCGGGGUGAAGAAGGGGGGGACCCGGGCUCUGCUGGAGUUCCUGCGGGUUCACCCGGACAUCCGCGCCGUGGGCGCAGAGCCGCACUUCUUCGACCGCAACUACGACAACGGCCUGGAGUGGUACAGGGAGCUGAUGCCGAAGACCCUGGAGGGCCAGAUCACCAUGGAGAAAACCCCCAGCUACUUUGUGACCAGGGAGGCUCCGGCCAGGAUCUCGGCCAUGUCCAGGGACACCAAGCUGAUCGUGGUAGUGAGGGACCCCGUCACCCGAGCCAUCUCAGACUACACACAGACGCUUUCUAAGAAGCCCGACAUUCCCUCUUUCGAGAGCCUCACCUUCAAAAACAGGACUACGGGGCUCAUCGACACGUCGUGGAGCGCCAUCCAGAUCGGCAUCUACGCCAAGCACCUGGACAACUGGCUGCAGUACUUCCCCAUGGAGCAGAUCCUGUUUGUGAGCGGCGAGCGGCUGAUCAGCGACCCGGCCGGAGAGCUGGGCCGCGUGCAGGACUUCCUGGGCCUGAAGAGGAUCAUCACGGACAAACACUUCUACUUCAACCAGACCAAGGGCUUCCCGUGCCUCAAGAAGGCCGAGGGCAGCAGCAAGCCGCACUGCCUGGGGAAAACCAAAGGACGCACCCACCCCAACAUCCACCCGGAGGUGGUGCAGAGGCUCCGGGACUUCUACCGGCCCUUCAACAUGAAGUUCUACCAGAUGACCGGGCAAAACUUUGGUUGGGAUUGAUGUGAAAGUCAUGAAAAACUUUUAUUUUUUCUUCUUAAAAUUUAAGUUGUUUUCUUUCUGUAUUUCAACGGCAAGAUGUGGAGAUAUUGCUUUAUAUAUGUAAAAUGUACAGAAAUCUAUUUUAUAAUAAUUUAUUUUUUAUUUCUAAGCAAUUAAUUCACAAAGCUGCCUAACCAUAUUUGUACAUAACAUCCGACCCACGUGUUUUUAACAUUCCUCAUCUUAGGUUUGAAUCCUCCUGCAGACCCGGUGGAUCUAUCAGUGCUUCGUAACGCAGAUAAUCAGCGAUAACUGUGGUAGAAGUCGGUGUGAGAGAAAACAACAGCUCUACAUUACGGGUACAGAGUGCUCACACCCGUCCAUGUGCAUUCUCAUUUGUGUUUGCGUCAUAACUUUACCUCCGCCCUCCUCAAACGGUGCGAGUGGGAAGAGUAUUAGGGCCAGGCAGAGGAGGAAGAUUUUUUUUUCAUUAUGCACUUCGAGAAAAAAGUCGAAAUGUUGAUAAAAAAGUCGAAAUGUUGAGAAUAAUGUUGAAGUACAAUUUCGAGAAAAAAGUUCAAAUGUAUAUACUUUAUUCACGAAAUUUCUACUUUAUUCUUGAAAUUGUAUUUCAACAUUAUUCUCGACAUUUCGACUUUUUUUGACAUUUCAACUUUUUUUUUGAAGUGCUCAAUUAAAAAAAAUCUUCCCCUCUCAAAUAUUUUUUCUCCUGCAUGGCCCCAAUACUCUUCCGUAUGUUUCAGUUUCUUUAGGCGGUCCAGUGUUCGUACGCUGGCGUCAGCCAAAGCAGGACAUCUCAUGUCCCGGUCCACUCAAUAACAGGUUGAUCAAUAGGCCUAAUUGAUACUCAUUGUGUCACUCAUGCUUAAAGCAUACAGCUGCCCUUUCUUUCUCAGCGCUCCUGCUGCCUGCUUUAAUGAAAGACCCAUCCAUCAAACGCUAAGUCCCAUCUCAGACCACAUAAGGGCCCAUGUUAACAUUAUGCUAAUGGCUUAAAGGUAACUGGCGGAUCGAUGGAGCCUGCGCUCUCCGUGCUGGCUCAGAACCAGCUCACGCCCCAGCCGUCCAGUUCAGAGGUCGCACUAAGUCCCACCAAAUCAAAUUUCCUCAAGAGGCAUUUGAUUUGUUGAGGAAAGGGGAGCCAGCACUCGGAGAGUCGGGGGGGGUUUCCACGGCACGACGGAGAACCUUCGCGUGAGGCGGCAGAUGCAUAUCGGCCAAAAUCAAGCAUGAAGAUAGAAAAGAUGACAGACGAGCAGCAACUUGGUUGCGCCUCAGUGAAAUGGCGCCUCUUCAAACGGAGGACGUCCACCGGAGCGCCGUCUUAGAUCCCAGACUGGGGAGAUGAAAGGAACAGGAGGGGUUUUUGUGAAGUGCUCACAGCGCACGAGAAGCCUCAGGCAGGGGUUCUGUGUCUAACCUCUGGUGUCAUCUCCAAACCUCAUGUGCCGUCAUGCAUGGCCUGUGUACUUUAUGCCUUAUUCACCCUCGUCAUCUUCACGUUUCCAGCCUCCACAGCAGAUCUUAAAUCUUUACCUGUUGCCAACAACAAAAGAAAAAGCACUUCAGGUUAAUAUCAUAUUUCAAACAGCUUAAUCUCUGCAGUUCUUUUUUUUUUUUUUUUCGUUCUACUUGAAUUCUUGAUAUGCAAGAAGGCAAAUAUGUACGGUUAUCAUUCUUUGAUGCGGUGUUUCUACAGCGGGUGGCACGCUACCAUCAAUGCACAGCGUGGCAAUUGUGUUUUGCUGUGAUAUUCUGUGCAACAUUAUGCAUUCUAGCGCGUGGGGUCUGUGUGUAAACGCAGGCAUCAUGGGAAGGGAUUGCAGCAUCUACAGAGGGGUUUCCGUUGUUUACGUAGAGCCCAGACUGAAUGUACACAAGCUAUCCUCACCAAGAGCCCUCCAAUCAAUUUUAAAGGUCACAUUGCCACUUAGGGACAAGUUCUAUUUGUCUGUUUGUCCUUUUGAAGUUAAGAAAAUGUCGUGCCUCUUUAAUCGACCAAUCCAACACAAUUAGCCUGCUCCUGCCAUGAAAACAGAUAAUGACUACUCCAGCUGCUUCUCUCAUUUUCCGUUCAAAACCAUCCGCCUGGUUUAGCCUCAAACCGGCGGUUGGUAGCAGUACACUGUAUUUUUAUUUUAUUUUUUUUCAAGAGAAAGCCUUCGUCAACCCAAACUACCCCCUUUAGUCCGGUGUUUAAUUAUGAAAGAAAAAGAAUUUUGUGGGUGAUCUCUCUUAAAAAGCGAAUAUUCUGGAGGGUAAUUCAGACGUUUUCCUUUCAAACUCACGAGGAGUACUGCUUUCGAUUUGGGAACUCGUUCACGUCACUGAGGGGGAUAUCUGAAAAAUGAAAAACACUUGCACUCGUGGAUUUGCUCCACGUUGCUGCAUCGGUUAUGGUUGAGUUUUAUUCAACCUGUUCUGAGUUCUAAAACUGUUGGAAAUGUUUGUCUUAUCCACAUAUAAUAUGUAUCUAGACUAGUCAAUCUGUGUAUAUACAAAAAAUGGAAAAGACGUGUAAAUCAAGUAUUUUGUGGUAUGUACGUCAAAAGAAUUUUACACAGUGCAAGAGGAAAAUGGAACAUAUGUUUCUAGAUGAUUAAAUAAUGAGCAUUCAUAAUAUUUCUUUGUAAGAAGAAAUAAAGAAAGUAUAUAUUUUACCAAAGUUUCUUGCGUCUGGCUGGUAUUUCCUUGAUUUCCUUCAAAUCUACAGUGUUUUCAUGGUAAAUUACGCGUGCAGAUAUCAGCUUUCAGCUGAAUAAAUGGUAUCUGGGUGCUCAGGCCGGAUAUGUUGACGGGAAAAAUCGACCAAAAGCUGAGAUGUAAGCACUUCUAGUGGAACAGGGUGUACUUUAGCUGAACGAAGGGAGAUGUUAUAACAUUCCUUUUCCCUAAUAUAAUAAUAGAGUUCAAGUGUUUUAACUUAGUUUACCAAGAGCGCUCCUGCUGUCCCGAUGUCCUCAAAUAUUUGUUUGCUUAGGGAAAAAAUGCACUUAUUUGUGCUAUCAUCAAGCAUUAAA